AACGCUCGGCGGUAAACAUGCUUUAAGAAAACGAGCUCUCGCCGAAUGAAGAACGAAGUCGAACCCACUGAGUCGCGCCAAGUGCCAAUUUCAAAAUAAAUAGCAAAUAAUCAGUUUACCAACUGCGAGUUGGAGAAGAAAAAUCACAAAUCUAAAAAUUACACAAAACGAAAACAAAAGUGAAAAAUCGCAAAACGCAAGCCAGCUCACUCCAGGAUUACAGGGCAAUCGGGCAGCGGAAAAAGCGAUCGAAAAAUGAAAACCAGAAAGUGACCGAGUUGUGCACCACCACCGCAACCCAAAACCACCCACGGUUAAAAACGCCGUUAAAUAGAAAUAAAAGAAAUUCAUUUCGAGUUCAACCAAAAGCCAACUAGCAAAUCACCAAAAUGCCAGCCACAUCUUCCAUCGUCAUCACAAUUGCCGCUGCCUGCCUGUUGCUUCUGGUGGCCUCCACUGCGCAUGCGCAGCAGCAGCAGUGCAACUGGCAGUACGGCCUCUCCACCAUGGACAUCCGGUGCAGUGUCCGUGCUCUGGAGUCCAGCCCCCUUGACCUCCAGGUAGCGGAGACGGCCGGCCGUCUGGAGCUGCAGUGCAGCCAGGAGCUGCUCCACGGCAGCGAGCUGUCGCCCGGGCUCUUCCGGCAGCUGCAGAAGCUCUCGGAGCUGCGGAUCGACGCCUGCAAGCUGCAGCGAGUGCCGCCCAGCGCCUUCGAGGGCCUGAUGUCGCUCAAGCGGCUCUCCCUGGAGUCGCACAACGCGGUCUGGGGACCGGGCAAGACGCUCGAGCUGCACGGCCAGUCGUUCCAGGGCCUGAAGGAGCUGUCCGAACUCCAUUUGGGCGACAACAACAUCCGGCAGCUGCCCGAGGGCGUCUGGUGCUCCAUGCCCAGCCUGCAGGUGCUUAAUCUCACCCAGAAUCGCAUACGGUCCGCCGAGUUCCUGGGCUUCUCCGAGAAGCUCUGUGCGGGCUCAGCGCUGAGCAAUGCCAAUGGAGCGGCCAGCGGCGGUUCGGAGCUCCAGACUCUGGACGUUUCCUUCAACGAACUGCGCUCCCUGCCCGACGCCUGGGGAGCAUCGCGACUGAGGCGCCUCCAGACCCUCAGCCUGCAGCACAACAACAUCAGCACCCUGGCCCCCAAUGCCCUGGCCGGUCUGGGUUCCCUGCGUGUGCUGAACAUCUCGUUUAACCACCUCGAAUCCCUGCCCUCGGAGGCGUUCGCCGGCAACAAGGAGCUGCGGGAACUGCAUCUGCAGGGCAACGAUCUGUACGAUCUGCCCAAGGGACUGCUGCAUCGUUUGGAGCAGCUGUUGGUUCUGGACCUCAGCGGCAAUCAGCUGACCAGCCACCACGUGGACAACAGCACCUUCGCCGGUUUGAUCCGCCUGAUUGUGCUGAAUCUCUCGAACAACGCCCUCACUCGCAUUGGAGCCAAGACCUUCAAGGAGCUGUACUUCCUGCAGAUCCUGGACAUGCGCAACAACUCCAUUGGACACAUCGAGGAGGGCGCCUUCCUGCCCUUGUACAAUCUGCACACCCUCAAUCUCGCCGAGAACCGCCUGCACACCCUGGACAACCGCAUUUUCAACGGACUGUAUGUGCUGACCAAGCUCACGCUGAACAACAACCUCGUGAGCAUCGUGGAGACACAGGCCUUCCGCAACUGUUCCGACCUCAAGGAACUGGAUCUCAGCUCCAACCAGCUGACCGAAGUGCCCGAAGCUGUGCAGGAUCUGAGCAUGCUGAAGACACUCGAUUUGGGGGAGAACCAGAUCUCGGACUUCAAGAACAACACGUUCCGCAAUCUCAACCAGCUGACGGGUCUGCGAUUGAUCGACAACCGCAUUGGCAACAUCACCGUGGGCAUGUUCCAGGAUUUGCCAAGGUUGAGUGUUUUGAAUCUGGCCAAGAACCGCAUCCAGAGCAUCGAGCGGGGAGCCUUCGACAAGAACACCGAGAUCGAGGCGAUCCGUUUGGACAAGAACUUCCUCACCGACAUCAACGGCAUCUUCGCCACCCUGGCCUCCUUGCUGUGGCUCAAUCUCUCCGAGAAUCACCUGGUGUGGUUCGACUACGCCUUCAUCCCGUCGAACCUCAAGUGGCUGGAUAUCCAUGGCAACUACAUCGAGGCCUUGGGCAACUAUUACAAGCUGCAGGAAGAGAUCCGAGUGACCACGCUGGAUGCCUCGCACAAUCGCAUCACCGAAAUUGGAGCCAUGUCGGUGCCGAAUUCCAUUGAGCUGCUGUUCAUUAACAACAAUAUCAUUGGACAGAUCCAGGCCAACACCUUUGUGGACAAGACGCGACUGGCCCGCGUGGAUCUCUAUGCCAAUGUGCUGUCCAAGAUCUCGCUGAACGCCCUGCGUGUGGCCCCCGUUUCGGCGGAGAAGCCCGUGCCCGAGUUCUACCUCGGGGGAAAUCCCUUCGAGUGCGACUGCUCGAUGGAGUGGCUGCAGAGGAUCAACAACCUGACCACCCGCCAGCAUCCCCAUGUGGUGGAUCUCUCGAACAUCGAGUGCCUGAUGCCGCACAGCCGCAGUGCUCCUCUGCGUCCGCUGGCCACCUUGGCCGCCUCGGACUUCGUGUGCAAGUACGAGAGCCACUGCCCGCCCACCUGCCACUGCUGCGAGUACGAGCAGUGCGACUGUGAGGUGAUCUGCCCCGGCAACUGCAGCUGCUUCCACGACGCCACCUGGGCCACCAAUAUCGUGGACUGUGGCCGCCAGGAUCUGGCCUCCCUGCCCAGCCGCAUCCCCCUGGACGUGAGUGACCUCUACCUGGACGGCAACAACAUGCAGGAGCUGGAGGUGGGCCACCUGACCAAUCGUCGCAAUCUGCGAGCCCUCUACCUGAAUGCCUCCAAUCUGAUGACCCUCCAAAACGGCAGUUUGGCCCAGCUGGCCAAUCUGCGAGUGCUGCAUCUGGAGAACAACAAGCUGACCGCCCUGGAGGGCACCGAGUUCCGUUCGCUGGGACUGCUGAGGGAGCUCUAUCUGCACAACAACAUGCUGACCCACAUCUCGAACGGCACCUUUGAGCCCCUGGUCUCGCUGGAGGUCCUGCGCCUGGACAACAACCGCCUGAGCUCGCUGCCCAAUCUGCAGUACCGCCACAGCCUGCAGGGCCUGACGCUGGGCAGGAAUGCCUGGUCGUGCCGCUGCCAGCAGCUGAGGGAACUCGCCCAGUUCGUCUCUGACAAUGCCAUGGUGGUGAGGGAUGCCCACGACAUCUACUGCCUGGAUGCGGGCAUCAAGCGGGAGCUGGAACUGAUCGGCAACCUGGCCAAUGGACCCGACUGCUCUGAACUACUCGAUGCCAGUGCCAGCAACAUUAGCUCCUCGCAGGAUCUGGCUGGAGGCUAUAGGUUGCCCCUGCUGGCUGCCGUCCUCGUGCUCAUCUUCCUGGUCGUCAUCCUAAUCAUUGUCUUCGUCUUCCGCGAGAGCGUUCGCAUGUGGCUGUUCGCCCACUACGGAGUCAGGGUUUGUGAGCCUCGCUUUGAGGAUGCCGGCAAGCUGUACGACGCCAUCAUCCUGCACUCGGAGAAGGACUACGAGUUCGUGUGCCGCAACAUUGCCGCUGAGUUGGAGCACGGUCGACCGCCCUUCAGGCUGUGCAUCCAGCAGAGGGAUCUGCCCCCGCAGGCCUCGCACCUUCAGUUGGUGGAGGGAGCCCGGGCCUCGCGAAAGAUCAUCCUGGUGCUGACGCGCAACCUGCUGGCCACCGAAUGGAACCGCAUCGAAUUCCGCAACGCCUUCCACGAGUCGCUGAGGGGACUGGCCCAGAAGCUGGUGAUCAUCGAGGAGACGAGCGUGUCCAGCGAGGCCGAGGAUGUGGCCGAGCUGUCGCCCUACCUGAAGUCCGUGCCCUCGAACCGCCUGCUCACCUGCGACCGGUACUUCUGGGAGAAGCUGCGCUACGCCAUCCCCAUUGAGCUGUCGCCGCGCGGCAACAACUACACUUUGGACCACCAUGAGCGCUUCAAGCAGCCUGUGUCGCCGGGCAUGAUCUUCCGCCAGGCUCCACCGCCGCCGGCCUACUACUGUACCGAGGACAUGGAGGCCAACUACAGCUCGGCCACCACGGCCACGCCCUCGCCAAGGCCCACUCGCCCAGGCGGCGCCGCCCGCAUCGUGGACUCCAUGCCCAUGCCCAUGCGCCCGCCCUCGGAGCACAUCUACCACAGCAUCGAGUCGGAGUACAGUGCCUACGACCAGCACGAGGCGCUGUCCAUGAUUCCCACGGGUCUGAUGCACCAGCACCAGCAGCAGCAGUUGCGCCUGCACCAGCAACAGCAGCAGCAACAGCGCUUGCUGCAGCCGCAGUUCCGGGCCAUGCCGCAGCAGGCGAUGCCUCCGGUGGCCUCGGCUCCGGUGCACCUGCGCAGUGGCAGCGGCCUCAGCCAGGCCAGCACCAGCACCCAAUCGACGGCCCAGGCCUCCACAUCCGCAGCAGCGGCACAGCAGCAGCAGCAGCAACAGCAGCAGCAACAGGCAGCUGGCAACAGUGAAGCGGCCAAUAAGAACGGCCAGGCCUUCCUGGUCUAAAAACUCCCCAAUGCCAUCGGGGUUCUUCGCGGCGCAGGAGCGGCCAUCUUGAAGCUGAUCGCUCACUGGCGCAAAAGGACUCGGGAGGAGGAAGCAGCAGGAACAGGACGCGCACA